GGUCUUGACUCAGGUUAAGUCAGCUUGUCUGCAUUCCUCUUCUCUCCCCACAGCCUGGCUGAUAGAGACAGAAAGAAAUGAGAGAGGAGGAGGGGGGAUGAAAACACACAUUAUUAUUAUUCACAACCUAUAGGAUUUAAUGAAGCACGGAAUCGACUCAUACCGGAUACAUCAGGCCGCGAAUCGUCACCAUAACCCCCCGCCGGUUCAGACGGUUCCUUCAGGACUACAAAACCGAAAGAAAGACACAGAUAUCUAUUUUUUUAACGACGGGACUUUGCCUUCGUGUGUUUGUGCAUAGCUCAGCUAUCGAAAAAUAGCUUCGGUGAGAUAGCCUACAGCCUUUUCACGGCGGAUAUCUGCUUUUUUUCUUUUUUUAAACGAGGAUUUGCAAGAUGGCUGAUGACAGCUAGCUACAACAAGGACAGAAAACCGCGACGUCCCCUUUAAGAACAGGAUGGUAUAUUUUUGUAUUUUUAUUAGCUAUAUAUAAAAAUAUGGCUGCCUGUAUAAAGCUAUGAUUGUAGCUUGGAGAAAAGGAGUCCAUCCGGUGUUUGUGUGUACCUGUGCUAUGGUAGAAAAUGGUGAGGUGACGUCUAAUGUAAUUUAGGCGAUUUAAUCGAGAUAAGGAAGUGGACAAAUAUGUUGUUAGCUAAAGGCUGAGGCAUCGAUAGGCUAAUAAGGUUCAAGACCAAAGUACAAAACAAACGGUACAUCUGGGGGGAAUGGUGGUAAUAAUCAUUGUUUGAAGAGAUAUUUGAUAGAUGUGUCAAAGCGAGAGAGAGGAGAGGAAGGGGGGAGGCGAACGGCUCUGCAACGGCAGCCAACAUUCCUGCGGAUCCUAAAAGCCUUUGUUUUGUGCGCAGGAGCUGGACUGGACCAUUAAAACGAUUAACUAUGCAGUAAACAGCCUCGACGUGACGGCCUAUGUGUAAUUUUCAGAGGGGAGAGAAUAUAAGGCCUUUGUUUUGAGAGAGAGAAAACAGGUUAAGGUAGAAAAAACAGAAAGCAGGGGCCUUGUGUACAUACACGCCACAUUCAUCAAACAGAAAUGUCGCUUUUUGUGUGAUUAAAAGACGGGAGGUUGUGCUUGUGUUUCCCGUUUGAGCAGAACGACGACUUUUCUCAGCUUGCAGCCAAACCAUCGCAGGUUGUGUCUGAUUAGACUGCUGCUGGAUGCUUAUUUAUAAUUCAGCGGACAAAAGCUUUGCGCUGCGCGCUGAUUGUUUAGGGAAUCAGGCGUCCUUGAGGCUCCUAUAGAAAACAGUCACAUUUUCAUAGGCGUUUCUCUGUGUGUAUGAAUGGCAACCAGGGUGUGGACCUGAGCAGCCUUUUUAUGCUGAAUUGGUUUGUAGUCGACCAGAAUCCGUCGUUAGGGUGAAGAUCUGGAGUGUCGGCAGAAAAUAUCUAGAUCCAUGUCAUGUGUCACAUGGGGAUGCAUACUUCUGGGUGGUGGUUAAUGGUUAUCUGUGCCUUGGUUUACCUGUAGCAGACGGGUUUGGUUUCUGCCUCCUGCAGGAGGCACACACUGAAUCACUAAAGGCAAGUCUGGUGAUUCUGAGUGUGAAGGAAAACACAGCUUCCUGUAAUCUGAACAGCGUCAUCCUAUCUGUUUAAUGUGUUGAAAUCCAACAAAUUGUCGUCGUUUUUUUUUUUUUUUUUUACCUAAAUCCUCCUUUUGCUCAAGUUUCCGGGAAGUUGCCUUCAUGCUGCAUUAGUAAGCAAUACUCGUCAUCUGUCAGGGAGGGUGUGCUAAAAAUAUUGAUCUUUCAGGACUUUUAUCUCAAGGCUCUUUUUUUGAGAGUGUCAGGUUUCCAUUGAGAGAGACACACAGCAGCCUAAAGGUCUGAUUUGUAUGCCUGCCUGCACCACGAUGGCCUCUGACAUGGCUGAGACGUGGAGGAACUGCUUUGAGGAGGAGCUCAUCUGCCCCAUCUGCCUGCACGUGUUCUCUGAUCCCAUCCAGCUGCCCUGCAAGCACAACUUCUGCAGGGGCUGCAUCAGCGAGGCCUGGGCCAAAGACUCCUCGCUGGCUCGCUGCCCCGAGUGCAAUCAUGCCUAUACGCAAAAGCCCAGCCUGGAGAAGAACCACAAGCUGUCCAACAUAGUGGAGAAAUACAACGCCCUGAGCGUGGAGAAGGCCGGCACACCGACGCUGCAGUGCAUCCUGUGUCGCCGAGGCCCACCACUGCCCGCCGUCAAGGUGUGCCUGCGCUGCAACGCCCCGUGCUGCCAGUCCCACAUCCAGACGCACCUGCAGCAGCCGUGCUCAGCCCUGGGGCACCUGCUGGUGGAGGCAGAGGCAGUGAAGGCCUGGACCUGUCCCCAGCACGACGAAUACAGGCUGUACCACUGCGAGGCCGAGCAGACGGCAGUGUGCCAGUACUGCUGCUUCGCCCGGUGCCACCCCAGCCAUGGCCACGCCGUCACUGACGUGGAGCUACGGCGCAACGACAUCAGACAAAACCUGCUGAGACAGCAGGAGCGCAUGGAGGAACGAGUUCAGGAAAUUGAAGAGCAGCUUUGCAAACUCGACUCUGACAAGUGUACAGUGGAGGACAGAGUGUGUGAGCUGAAAGAGGAAGUGCGCUUGCAGUACCAGCGUAUGCAUCAGCUCCUGGAGGAGGAUCUGGGUCGCACGCUGGAGGCCCUGGAUCGGGCUCAGGCUCGCUUUUUCCAGGAGAACGCGGCCCAGGUGUUGGCCCUGGGAGAGCAGCGCCAUGAGGCCCAGAAGCUGCUGAGCUCCAUCCACACAGCCUUCAGCAAGGCAGAGGAGCUGAGCUUCAUGAAGAACACAAAGCCUGUUAAAAUCCUAACAGACAGGUCUCAGGCAUGUGUUGGAAGCAGCCUCCCUCCUUACAAAGUUGGAAAUCUGAACUCCAAGCUGUUUCUAUCUGAGAUCUCAAAGAGAGAGAAGAGCUUGAAGCGAACGCUUGAAGUUCCCCUGACCCCUCCGUCAGCGUUUCUGCAGACCGUUGCUGCUUUUCCCAGCGGUCAGAGCUCCGGCUCCGGAUCGGAGAAAAGGAAACAUUCCACCGCCUUCCCAGAGGGAAAUGGAAGCACGGGAAAAAACGGCGCUCCGGGUUUUAAAGACUCAUCGUCAUCUUCCUCCUCUUCUUCCUCUUCAUCAUUAGCGAAGCAGCCCUACCUGGGAUCCAGCUCCACCUCCGGAGAGGGCCAGUCCACCAAUCAGCAGACUCUGGGCCCCUGUGCCCCCCCUCACAUCGGCGAGAGCGGCGGCGCUGGAAGCGGAAGCGGCUCGCUGACCAAUCACCACUCGGGCUCUGUGUUCGGCUCCUCACACUUCCCUCCGGGAGGCAGCGGCUCCUCCCACUCUUCCCAGCAGGCUGUGCUCCCGCAGUACGGUGGCCGCAAGAUCCUGGUAUGCACCAUGGAUAACUGCUACUGCUCUGGAGUGCCCUCUGUGUCAGGCCACCGCAGCCACCCUCCGUAUCCACGCUCGGGUUCAUUCCCCUGGGUGAGCCCCCAGGACUACCCUCCUCCUCCCGGCCUGGCCUCUGGAGGUCCGUCUAUGCAGGGGCUGGCAGUGAGGGAUUGGAUAGACGCCUCACAGACGCACAGACAUGCAGAUUUCUAUGGGCUGUAUGGGCAACCUUCUACCAAGCACUAUGUCACCAGUUAACACAGCAGAUAUACUCUUAAAGGAGAAACGGGCACCAAAAUAGCACACCCAUACAGAUUUAUAAACCUGAAAGUAACAAAAACUAGUUAAACUCUACACACAGAGAAACAGUGUUUGCAUCUGGACACGGAUAUAGAAGACAGACACAUUCGGGGGCAGGGUUGAUCCGUUUUAAUAUUCCUUUAAUUUCAACCAGUGUUUCAUGUAGAUAAAAGACAAAUGCUCACUUUGGCACAACUUGACUCUGCGUUUUACACAGGAAAAAAAUAUUGUUAAUAACAAGGGUUCUAAAGACAAGAGGGUGAUAUUAAUCUUUUAAUUUAUAGAGUAGAAUGCAAAUUGAUUAAGAAAAAAUAAUAAACUUAUUAGAAAAUGUUUUCAUGCUUCUACACAAUGUCUCACUGAGGCUAAAGGGAAAAGGAGAUAACAGGCUUCUGGUUUCAGCUCGUGUUUCUCUUGAUAUAAUCACCCCUGCGGUUAUGCUGAGGCCCAGCUGCCUUAUGAUCAUAUAUUUUUCCACUAGCUGACUUUGUUUGAUCCUUUUAAAACGGGGGGAAGAUUCUUCAUCCUCUGUCCUUUUUCCUUUUUUAUCAUCUCGGCACUUCUUCCUUUCAUUUGCUAAGUUCAGGGAUGCGUUGCAAAGCUUGAACGCAAAACGCUCUUCCAUGGAACACCUACAAUGCACUUGUGGACGCCUUCCUACGCCGUGACUACAGGGGGGACUAAAGAGCUGUCUUUGGGGCAGUGGCAGCCCCCUAAUUCAUUAAACUGCCUUCCUGCUGCCACAAAAGGACAGACAAAAACUUACAAAGACUCUUUUCCCCCCCUUUGUGAUUACGUUGGCAUUGUGUUAUUUGGUACAUCUGUAGGAAUCAUGUGGAGAUGUACAAAGAUGGACAGACCAAACCAAUCAUGCAUCUGGAUGAUCGGAUGAUGCUGUAAUUGUACUUCCUGCAGGGCAAAGAUGUCACUUCCUCAGAAAAAAAAGCACAUUAGCUCUUGGCUUCCUGUUUGCAGCUGAAAGCAUGCAAGGAAGAAUUUCUUCAGUUUUUUUUUUUAAGCACUCAAAUAGAGAACAAUGAGGAGAGGGGACUGUACGCUGUUUUAAAAUGAGUGUAUGAAAGAAACAAAUGGCGGGAGGAAGUUUUUUCAUGAACUUUUUCUAAAAGAACAAAGCUGAGAGAUGUAAGCAUUGAUUCACCAUCCAAUAAUGGAGCUGUUACAACAGCUAACAUUAUGAGGAGGGAGAAAAGUGUCUCUUUCUGUAAAUAUUUUGUGAAAUUGGAGGUAAAAAAAUAAAUAAAAAAAUUAGAAAAGUUACCGACGUGAUUUGGAGAUGGGUUCCAAAUAAACGAAUAAAUUUAAUCUGGUCUCUGCUGUUAACUGUCCAUGUGCAAAUCCCAUCAUCUCAUUCAAAGGAUAAAAGUGGUUAUAUCCUAUAUUUUUGUUACUGUAAAUAAAUCCCAUAAAAAAGGCAAA